UGACGUCACGGCGGGCUGUGCUUUGACCCGCUGGAUCCGUUCGUUGUAGCGAAGAGGCGGCGCGCCGGAAAGCUACAGGACAACAAGAAGCGAGCACUAAUCAAAACGCAACUUCAGGGCCUGCAUCCGCGUUCCCUUUUUACAUUUCAACGCGGGACGUCGAUAGGUAUCCGCAAAGUGAGUUUUUAGGGACGCGGGACUUCCAGACACGUGUUUAUGCAAGCGAAGUGAACGUUUUGGCCUCGUUAACUUGGCUAACGUUAGGCCCAGCUAGUGCUAGCUGUGGAGCUUACUUUUCGCUAGCAAAAGCAAAACAAGGAAUGAGUGAUGACCUCUGUGGUAGUGUCAGAUGGUGGAGGGAACAUAGUGGAGUACGUCACCGUAGUAGAGGAGCCCCAGCAGUGUGAGCAGCAGCCCGCUGAGGAGGAGGAGGAGGAGGAGGAAGAAGUGGUUCAGCAGGAAGUCGAGGCGGUCAUUGUUGAGGGCGGAGAGGAGUUGGAGGAAGAUGUGGAGGAGGAGGAGGAGGAUGGUGUGGUGCUGCAGGAGGAAGGCUGUCCGGCGGUGAUCGUGGAGGAGGUGCCCAGCGCCCAGGUGGAGGAGUGCUACUCGGCGCAGGUCCUGGUCUAUGAUGACGAGACGUACCUGAUGCAGGACGUGGCAGAGGAGCAGGAGGUGGUCACAGAGGUGGCAGAGACUGUGGAGAUGUCGGGUCACGACAUGGUGUGUUUCGACAAAACGUUUGAAGCAGCCGAAGCUCUUCUGCACAUGGAGUCUCCUGGAGGACUGCACAACGAACGCAGCACAGCAGAGGACGUGAUGAUGGAGACGGUGGUGGAGGUGUCGACAGAGUGUGGACCCAUAGAGGAGGAGUCCUUCCCCAUCCCUCCCGAAUGUGAACCCGCUGCCAAGAAGAAGAGGGGAGGCGGACGUAAACCCAAAAUACACCAACCUGCUUCCAACGGCUCCUUUGACCUGGGAAUCAAGAAGAGGCCGAGGGAGGGCAAAGGCAACACCACCUAUCUGUGGGAGUUCCUGCUGGAGCUGCUGCAGGAUAAAAACACCUGUCCCCGGUAUAUCAAGUGGAUGCAGAGGGAGAAGGGCAUCUUCAAACUGGUCGACUCCAAGGCCGUGUCCAAACUGUGGGGGAAACACAAGAACAAGCCCGACAUGAACUACGAGACCAUGGGCCGAGCCCUGAGGUAUUACUACCAGCGCGGCAUCCUGGCGAAAGUGGAGGGUCAGCGACUGGCCUACCAGUUUAAAGACAUGCCCAAGAACAUCCGGGUGAUCGAGGACGAGGACGACGGCGAGGAAGUGGAGGACAGCGAAGGCUUGGUCUCUGGCCAGCACCCGGCUCACCAGCAGGCCCCCGGCAGCCUGGGCAUCAGCUCUCCUGCUGCCACCCAGCCUCAGCAGACCUACGUCACUGUCAUCCCCAGCAACACAGCCACCAGGCCCAUCCGAGCCAUGCCAGUGGUCAUGACCAACUCACUCGGUCAGGUGACAUUGAACUAUCCUACCACCACCACAGGAGUCCCAGUAUCCGUAGCCAACGCCUCCGCCGGCGCUCCCCCCAAACUGGUCAUCCAGGCUCUGCCCACCAUGCUGCCCGCCGGCUCCAAAGCAGGAGAGAAGAUCACCAUCAUCACCAUCCCGGCCAACCAGCUGGCCACGCUCAUGCAGGCCAACUCGUCAGGCCAGAUCACGCAGCUCAUCCAGGCUAAACCUGUUACUACACAGUUAGCGCAGACCGCGGCUAAACUGGCCACCACCGCCCCCACGAUCCAGCUAACGGCAGCCCGGCCGACACCACAGCUCAUCCUGGCUAAACCGGCGGCAGUGGCCCAGCAGCUGCCCCAGCUCUCUGUCCAGGUCGGCCAGCCUCACCCUGCCCCGCCCAAAACCCCCACCAAGACCCCGACGCCCUCCAGCAGUCUGCCCGAAGCAGCGCAACCAGAGGCAGCAGCUGAGGCUCCGCCCCCCUCAAGCCCGCCAGCAUCAGCAGCAGAAACCCCAUCAUCCUGAGAGCUCCGCCCUGAGCCAGGGCCAACACGGAGGGUGGGUACAGGAAGUGACUGUGGACACUGCUGAGGAGGUGCAGGACACAUCCCACACCCCCCCCCCACCACAGAGCAGAGCUGCUCUGUGAUUGGCUCGGACUGUCAGCGUGAUGUUGGUCUCCAGGGAGACACCUGCUCUUACUAUGGCGCUGCUGAAGCCUCGCAAAGGAUUAAAGGGACUGUUCUAGACACACACACACACACACACACACACACACACACACACACACACACACACACACACACACACACACACACACAGAUCCUUCAGAGCUCAGAAGACAUGGGCAGCCUUAGAUUGUAAAUGGAAAAACUCCUUUUUGUAAUCAAAUGUAAUAUAAAAAGCCAGGCAAGACUUUGUUGUAAACAGAAAUGUAAAAAGCAUUUUUUGAUACUGCAUGUAUCGGCACAGGCGGACUUUGAAUUCCUCGUCUGUUUCAGUGGAAAGGUUUGUCUGCAGAGUGCCGUUUCUCCACAGCACUGUCACGUUCGUCAACACUUGUUGUCUUUUGUUUUGUUUUUUUUACCGUUCAUAAAAAGGGAGUGAAAGGGUGUCUGCGUCGAGAUAAGAGAACUAGAUGGUGUGCUCCACAUCUGAAGUAUAUUAUACUAUUUUCUUUCUUGUACUAUCAGUGUAUUGAAGUAGAUUUUACUGAAAUAUGUAUUAUAAAAAACAAAAAACAAAUGUGAGUUACAA